CAAAGUCAAAUCCCGUUCGUUUUUAUUUGAAUAACAACAGUAAAAAUUCUUUGGAAGUAAAUUCUGACCACGGGAAGGUUCUCCUGUCAGUCCGGGUAAAGGGUUCAAAUCUCCCACCAACUCUCCAGACGGACUGGUAGAUCCCGGAGUAGCGGCUCGGGGUGGGCAGGGUUGGCACAUGACAGACUGAACCAGAACUUUCUAGCAGCCGGAGCCGCUGCAACACGUCCGGAGCAGGUGCUCCCAGUUCGGUUCGGACGUUUCUCCGUUUUUUACCGGAUAAAGUCGCUCCGUGGAGGCUUCAGCAAACCCUGCAGGUCGGACUCCAGCCAGCGAGCCGCCUGAACGAGCAACCCAGCCUGUUUACACUGGGACUAACGGCUAAGCUACAUCCGAAGACUAUUUACAUGGGGGCUAACACGAAGACUAACGGCUAAGCUCCAUCUACAGACUGUUUACAUUCAACUGGUUGAGUAGCUAACGGCUUAUUAGCAGGCUAAGCUACUUCCACAGCCUGUUUACAUUGGGGCUAACGGCUAAGCUACAUCCGAAGACUGUCUACAUUCUACCGGUUGAGUAGCUAACGGCUACUAGCAGGCUAAGUUACAUCCAUUGCCUGUCUACAUUACUCCGGUUAAGAAGCUAACGGCUGUCAGCAGGAUGUUCGGCUGCCUGGUCGCCGGUCGGUUGGUGCAGACUGACGCCGUGCAGGUCUCCCCGGACAAGUUCGUGUUCAACCUGCCGGACUACGAGAACGUGAACCACGUGGUGGUGUUCAUGCUGGGCACCAUCCCGUUCCCCGCCGGGAUGGGCGGCGCCGUCUACUUCUCCUUCCCGGACCCGGUCAGCGGCGGCCCGGUGUGGCAGCUGCUGGGCUUCAUUACCAACGACAAGCCGAGCGCCAUCUUCAAGAUCUCUGGGCUGAAGGCCGGUGAGGGUGGAGCUCACCCGUUCGGCGCCGCCUCCUCCGGGUCUCCCUCCGCGGCGCAGGUCGGCGUGUCGGUGGAGGCUCUGGAGCAGCUGGUCCAGCAGAUCCCGGUGAGCAGCGCCGCCGUGUCCACCGUGGACUCGUUCUUGCAUUUCACCCAGAAGAUGCUGGACAGCUUCUACAACUUCGCCUCGUCCUUCGCCGUGUCCCAGGCCCAGAUGACCCCGAACCCCGGGGAGACCUUCAUCCCGUCCAGCUGCAUCCUCCGCUGGUACGAGAACUUCCAGAGGAGGAUGGCGCAGAACCCGAACUUCUGGAAGAACUGAACCGGGUCGGACUACAGACAGCAGCCCCACAGUGCCUCCACCAAGAGCUGUAGCUGGACUUCAAGACUGUAAAGCAGAGAAACACCUGAACAGGUAGACGGACUCCUGGAGAAGAACCUGUUUGGUCCUGAAGGUCCGACAUGAAGUUUAAAUCGAUGCCAUAAAUGAAAUAAGAACACCAAAUAAACAACAGAUAUCAGAACAAUGAAGUUUUGCAGUGCUUCUGUGUUUUUAUUCAUGGGAGUUGUAGUUCUUUGAUUGUUACUGCAGGUUUUGUAGUUUUUUAAAGUGUUUGCUCUGAUUUCUGCAUCCUGCUGCAGAUAGUUUUUAUUUUGAACUGAUUUUGUUUUUGAAAACAUUAAAGUGAAACAUUUUAUUUGAUGAGAGUUGAUUCCUGACGUUUGUGUGUUUUUCUGAUUUUAUUUUUGGCUUUUAUUGUGGCGGUCUAGAUUUUUUGUCUUGUGCCAAACCCGACAAGCUGAGUUUACUGAGAAAAUAAAUGAAAUCUUUUGAAAAUGUCUUUAAUAAUGUGA